AUGAUAGACCCUUCGCGUCAAUUGAUGGCGGUAACGGCGACAUAUGAGGACUUUCUAUAUUAUCAAGCCGAGUGGACUCGCCGAAACAAACUGAGUGUGUGGAUGGAUGAGCACAUAGAGAACUUUGUCAAGCUAUACGAUAAGUUUCACGUGGGCAGCCGCCACAACGUACCGAGAGUGUUAGGACCAGAAGACAUCCAUAGAUAUCCCGACGAUUUGCGCAAGACAAUGCCCGACCACAUGAGAAAGGUCAACAUAGAUAAUAAGUUCCCCCAAGCUCAGCAGACCGUCAAUUACGGUGGGGCUCAUUAUACUAUCGAUCAGGUCCCUGAGAUCGACGAUGCAGCUAUGCGAGCAAAACAGGAGCAGGUGAAUAGAAUCAGAGAAGCUGAGCCGGAUCAUGAUAUUAUACCCACCGACAUUUACCACGCAGCAACCGAAAAGACAAAACCAUUCCAAUGGAAUGACGGCAACGGCUCGGCUCGGACAUCGCGCACCUCUUUUGAGACUAACAAAAGACAUCAGAAUUGGGGUGCUGUAAUCAAAAACGGAGAAUGGGCGCAUACAGACAAAGGAACCAGUAAAAGGAUACGCUACGAAACAUUCAUAGCUGAUCAUACCGAUGUUGGCACUCACGUCAUACACAAAUUGGAUAAAUACGGAUUGCGCAUACGACACGUCUACGAGCAUCAAUUUUCUUUCAUCACAUACGAUCGUGGUGAAGGUUAUAUAGACUUUCGUUUAGAUGAGGAAGGAAAUCGAAUUGAUUCCCACCAACGGCAUAUUAACCUCGAAGCGAGAUUCACGACGAGUGAUGAGAGACACAAUUGGCAGUCUUUACCAGGUCGACGAGAAAGGGCCGAGCAAGACGGAUAUAUCGAUGAUUUCUCUGAGGAGGAAGAAGAUCCCGAACGUUACAUAACAUUGGAUGUUUCAGACAAUGCUGGAAAUCCUGGCGAUGGCGGCGCCAAAUCUAAAUCUCGCGGCAAAUCGGGAAAGAGAAAGCGAGGCAAGGACGACGAUGGUAAUCGCCGAGGAAAAAAAGGCAAGCAAGACCACAAUGACAGGAACAGUAAAUCCAAAAAAGGGAAAGGGGCGAAGGGAGGAAAAAAGCCCACGAAAGAUGACAAUGAUGAUUCCCAACAUACCAAAAGAGAUGAAGGGCAAGAAGAUGAGAAUGUUGAAACUGACGCCCAAUCGAAAAAGAGGCAGCGAGAGGAGGAUGAUUCCGGGGCAGGCAGCAAACCACAAAAGACAAGUAAGAAAAACGAUAAGCAGAACACGGAGGACAGGGGAGAUUCCGGUACAGGCGGAGAAACAUCCCAAUCUGAAGAUGCUAAUGUUGCAAAUCCUGAACGCGGUGGGCCACCACCCAUAUACAUCAACAAUCCUCGCCGCAGAAUGCAAAUAUUUAGUCACAGUGGUCUAGCGGGAGGUCUGACGGGAGGUCUUAAUGGUGCUCGUCGAAAAGAAGGCUAA